AUGGUGAAUGGUAAUGCAUGCGGCGGUGGUGUGGGUGUAGUGCGGCCCUGCACACGUGGUGUCCUGCGCGGCGGAUGUGUACAACACAUCGCCGGGACCCAAUGACAGACAUUUAUUUUCUAAUUGAAAUUAUUUGAAUUUAGGUUAAUGGCUCUAACUAAUGUCACACAUAUGUCCGUUAUCUGGUGUGUUGCGUCGAUCAACAACAACAUCGUGACGAUGAUACUCGGGUAUGUCUUGUGGGUACCUCUAUUGAUGAAUCAACAUGUUUUUCCCGCGGCGGCGGCUUCGUAUUUGAACUGCCUAUGACAAAAUUUGUAGCAUGUAAUAUUUAGUUAUUCAUACGGCUUCGAUAACGCAACUAGUCGUAGUGGUGCGGUAGUUUGAUGAACAGUUUAUCAAGCGCAGGUCUACGCAUCGCGGUUGUUUGUUUACGAUACCACGCGAUACUCGACUUAGCUGCGCCAGAGUGCACCUUAGACUCACACCGUACAUUCACUCACUAUAAUCGUAGAGCUUUACGGUUCAUAUUUCCGUGGACUAUUAUGGAUCAAAGUGUGUGUUAAGUGUGCGGGUGUGUGAGUGGGCCGACUGCAUUUUAGGAGGACCUUACUCUGUUCCCCACUAUUCUUCCACUACCUACUUGUUUUCGUUUUCGACAUACCUCAGAUAUAGUGAUGAACGCAACAGGAGGUCCGGCCGGUGGCGUGGCGGGAGUGACGGGGGUUACCCGGCGUGGGCGCUGCAAGUGGUUCAACGUGGCCAAGGGCUGGGGCUUCAUCACACCAGAUGACGGCGGUCAGGAUGUCUUCGUCCAUCAGAGCGUCAUCCAGAUGCCAGGGUUCCGUUCUCUCGGGGACGAGGAAGCCGUGGAGUUCGAGUGCAAGGAGUCCGACAAGGGGCUGGAGGCCACGCGCGUGUCGGGCCCGGCCGCCGUGGACUGCCAGGGCUCGCACCGCCGGCCCAUCUCCAAGAAACGCUUCAGGAAGAUACGGUGCUACAACUGCGGAGAGUUCGCGAACCACAUCGCGGCGAAGUGCGCCAUCGGGCCGCAGCCGAAGAGAUGUCACAACUGCAAGAGCGAGGACCACCUCAUCGCUGACUGCCCUGUCAAGGAGGAGAAAAAGAAGACUGACCAGGAGUCAAGCAGUUCACAGGGCAGCCCGCACGCCAGCCCUCACUCCAGCCCGGCCAAGCAGACGUAGACUUAUCACACCCUGCGAGUGACGGGACCCACCCGCAUCCAACACCUUAAGACUCGUGGUCUACCAACAACAAACCACCUUUAACCCUUAUCACGGCCCACGUAAGUUUAAAUUCGGUACCCUUCCCACGAUGCCGUGAGUCAAGUUUAGCUGAAUGAUGAGUUCGUUCUUUGUUUAAUUUCUAUGACUGUAUCAACCCACCCGUAGACAUGUUAUUAACGCGCUUGACUUUUCAGAGAUAAUGGUAAUGAGAAAGGAUUUCAUAGUAUUUAUUCUGUUUGAUAAGAUAUACCUUCAUAACUAUAAGUGUAUAAUGUAGGUGUGGUUCACAUUAACUUCUUAUCAAGCUAAGAUAUAAAGAAAGUAAAUAUUUUCAAAAUUGGUGGUAGCGCCAUAGAAAAGCAUUUCAGGUGUAAGUAUUCUUUAUCAAAAUAUUCUCAGAAAAAAUUGUAUGUCAAUUUCACUGGAAGGCAUGCAAUGCAGUUUUAAUCACAUAACUAGGCUGUAACCCAACUUGCCAUACCAUUAUCUUUGUGCUACUACAUCAUGAUUUUAAAGAAUAUAAUUUACAUUAAUAUCUAAAUAUGUGUUGUGUAUUAAAAUAAUAUAUAUUGUAAUGAAAAAUUAAUCAUAUCAAAUAUUUUUAUAAGAAUACCUGACAAUGAUGAUGAUAAAUUUAUAGAUCAAGCAAUCAGAUAAAUUAUUAUGCACCAUUAGAGGGUUCUAUUAUGCACCAUUCUACAUUGCUUAAAGCAAUCUCUACCAGAUAUAGUUUUAACAUCACAAUUCCUGAGAUUUCUCUGACUUAAACAAGUGAAGGGUCAAGCUCCAGCGUGAUAACAUGCCUCCCUCGAAUUCAGAACCAUACAAUGUACUUGCUAGUGGUUACAGCGUAAAAACACCUUAUAACAAGACUGAACUGUAACACGUUUUACCUAAUUUUGUUUAUACAUUGCAUUUGUUAUAAGUUUUUAAAGGUAAGUAAAAGUACAAAACUAUGUGUUCGUGUGUCAAUAUUAUGUUAAUGUUUACUUAUAUAAUUAUCUACCCAAAGUUAAGUGUGUGUUUAUAUCUUUUUAUUUUUAUUAAUUUUAUUUCUAUAUUUUAUAUGAGUAGUAGUAAUUUUAUAUGUUACAUCUUAUUGUUUAGAUAAAGUAUUAAGUGCGGCUAUGAAUAUAAGUUUUACAAUCAGAAUCACAUACAUUAUUAAAUUUAUGGUAAGAACACGAUACAUCAUUUUAUCCUCAAAAAUACAUAAUAUUAUGUAUUGGCAUAAAACAAAGGACUAGCGAGGUUAUAUUGGAUUUUAGUUUUCUGAUCCUUAUUACUAUACCUACCUAUUUAUUCCCAUAAUUAUUUACUGUAUCCACAAUUUUUUAAUUUAACAUAAGUACGUUUAUUAAACGGAGUUUUUAUGUAAAAAAUAAGUGAAAGUUAGUUUUCUUGUGCCAAAGCGAUUUGAUUUUAUUUUGUAACGUUACGUUUUGGAUUACUUUUAACAAAACUUACCUAAUUUGAAACUAACAUUAAUGUCUAUACUUAAUUAAUGAAACUUCUGUAGUUCAGUAUUUUAUUCUACCUCAUUGGACAUUUUGAAUAAUUGUUAGAGAAACCUGAUCAAAGUACAAAUAAAUUAUAGUUCAUCAUAGGUUUUAGGAAUUAUGCCACCCAUGUUCAUAUUAGAUUUGCUCAAAAAGCUUAUCAUAAUAAGUAUGAAAAUUACUCUACUCUGUAAAUUAUAUUUCAGUUUUUCAGGCGGUUUCAAAAAUUUUAGGAACUUAAUUAUAAUUAUGCCUAUCAAAUAUUUAUUCGUAUUAAAUUUAAAAUAAAAACAAAAUAUCAGUUUUUAAAAAUACGUCUUCAUACCUAUUAAUUAUUUACAUGAACUUGAUCGAUGCAAGUAUUUGUUUAAUAAAUUACUGAUACUGAAAUGUUAGUAAACAGAGUAGAAAUUUACUAUUUAAGGUACUUAAUUUACAAAACAAACACACUUUAGAAAUAAUUAUAACAGAUUAUUACAUUAGCGUAUAUUUUUUUGCAAUUACUUAGUAUUAAGGCCGUAACUUGAAAAAUAUGAUUUUUUUACUACCUACCACCUUUAAAUGUAAUAUGUAUGAAAUGAAUUACAUUAUUAUUAAGUAAUAUUUGCACCAAACGUGGUGUUGCUCUGAAAACUGGGUUGCAUUUUUUUAAAUCAUUUCUCAACAAGCUGGAAGGUUUUUACAAUAGCAUUGCAUUCUAAAUUUUUAUUGUAAAGUGUGGAUUUCUCUUGCAAAUUCAAAAGCUGUAGAGGGUGCACAUUUUAUUCCAUGUUUCUGAUUCUACUUAUUUAUAGUUAAUUCUUAAAAUAUCAUUCACCAUACUAAAAAGUUUUAUUCCUCUCACUUACAGAGAAAAACAAAAAUGAUUUAACACUAAAUCUAGAUUUAGUAUUAAAUCUCGAUUUAAGCCUGCAAUUUGUAUGGAUUGACGUUUCUUAAAUCGAGAUUUGACACUAAAUAAAUCUAGAUGUAAUAUGUUGGUGCAAGUGGCCCUUAGUGCAAUGGAAUUCCAGUUUGUCACAAUCACAAUAAAAUGAUGAUUAAAUAUGGAGUUUUAUGUCAGCUCAUUAACAAAUUAUGUUCGUUUGAAUGAAGGCACCUACAGGAUGUGUCAUAGGUGCCACACUUAAACAUUCACGAGCAAUGAAAAAGUUCCAGUUACAUAGCACCAAAACAAUUCCAAUGGCGCAGUCCCGAAUAUUUAAUAGCGCAUCAGAAUACUACCAACUAAAGAGGUUUCUUUUUUUAUUUAUAUUAAAUAUUUGAAGAAAUUGGAUUGUUUGGUGUCGGCAAUUUGUGAGUGUAAAUUUUUCAUUGCUUGUGUGUGUAAAAUCAUAUCUUCACCAUUACGCAUAAAGUAGUUCUUAUUUUAUUUAAUGAACUUUCAGAAACGGUCCCAUUGUAUCAAUAUUCGUUCAGCCUACCACAGGAAAUAAUAGACAACAUUUAAUUUUUAAGAAAGAUUAUAAAAAAUUAAGCACAAUUUUUUUUGCGUAUACUUCCCUGUAAUUUUUUUUAUAUUGUUCAUCAGCAUAUUUUCACAAUUUUUAUAAUUGUGAAAAGGUUUUCAAAUUAAGUAAUUAUUAUAAUUUGUAUGAAAUGUUGUCCAUUAUUUGCUAACUCAUACUAAGAAUUUAAUUUAUCGCGCCUACACCAAUAUCACUCACAUCGGAAUUACAAUACCAGUGUGUUAUUGUAUUUAAAAUUAUUGUUUCAAAUUAAUAAAGUAAUUUCAUCCAUGAUUUUACAAUGUUCAGUGCUAAGCAACGAUUAUUAUAAAGAUACGACACUAUAUCUUAAUAAAAGAUUUCGAGUUAGAGUAGGUGCCAUAUAAAUUAAUUUUCAUAGUCAUAUCGAUUUUAUACACAAAUAUAUCUAAUAUUUACGUCAUUCUAUCUUUUUUAGUAAAUUGAAUACUUAAACUUAAAGUUUCAGUUGAAGUAACAAACUGACAAAACAUUGUUUUAUUAAACGGGUUAUAUUUUUCAUCGAAGUAGUUUUAGCAUUUAGGUUAAGCGAAAAAGACUAUUGAAAACAACUACCUCAUAAUUUAUAACAAUGUUAACUAGAGUUCUAUGUAAAACUAAGUUAUAAUUAUAACAUUUACAAAGUUUAGCUAUUAUAUUCAUUUUGUAUCAUCUUUAUAAAGCAAGUUAAUUAAGGAUUGUAUUUCGUGAAAAAUUUCAUCUUGUUUUUAUUUUUCAAAGAAAAAUAAAAUACUUAUAGAUA